AUGCCGUCGGAGAGCCCACAGCGGAGAUCGCCCUCCCCUCAGAGUGCGGCAGAUGGCCCAGUCCCCACGAAGCAGCUGGCUUGCGCCGGAUGCCGGUCAAUCAAAGUGCGCUGCAUUACGCCGGUGGACAGUGAGGCCUGUAAGCGCUGUAUUCGUCUCGAGCAGACAUGCGAGCGUAUGGCUCCCGGCCGCCCGGGGCGGCCUUGCAACCACAACAGCCUUCAACGAGCGUUCCAUCUCAUCGAGAGGGAAUUCGACAAGGCGCAUAGGACGUCCAGCCCUUCCGCUUCCAACGCGGGGCUGGCGGCGCCGCGGAGGCCCUCUGAGUCACUGUCGGUGCUCCGCAGGAGCCGGAGCCCACAGCGCAGGCAGCCUUCGAUCGCUGGCAGCCCCGCGCUGCCUGCCAUGCCUUCGCCUCGGCCCAUGCCCAUGCUCCCUUCCCCCGGUGCUGCACGUUUCAGACCACUUCUGGGGAACGUGCCUGGCUCACGGACAGCGCAGCAACCCCAUGCCGACGUACAAGCCUCGCCAUCCAGCUCGCCGUUGUUUCCCAUCCUGCCAGAGCCCUUUGGGGUGACCUCUCAGGCCCUCACCAAUGGCAUCUCCCCAGCGACGGAGCAGAGUUGUUCGAGCUGGUACGAGGGCGUUGACUCGGUAGACGAUAACGAAGGAGAACUCACCAACCCCGUCCGCCUGCUUGUAGAGGCGGCCGAGGCGUCCGCUCGCGUCUCGGAAUUGUCGCGCCCCGCGUCGGCCUCAGGGCCGCCAACCAUUCCACUACAGUACACACUGCCAGAUACUCUUCGCUCCCUGGCCAACGAGGGCGAGGUCGACGAGCGUCUCGCGCACUUGGCUGCUGACGCCGAAUACCUGGCCGAGGGACUGCAGUUGAUGACGUCCGACGCUGCGCCGGCGGGACUGACGUCGGCGGAAAAGUCGUUUUUCAAGCCUUUCCGCAAGUCGAUCAGGCGCGAGCUCGAGAUAGAGUACGAUCCGCUUGCGCGCUCCCUCAUCAAUGAGCGGGAGGCGUGUGUCUUCUUCGACGCCUACUUCCAGCGUCUGCACCCGUUGCUUCCGGUCCUCGAUCCCACCUUGCAUACUAUGGAAUUUAUUCACCGCCGGUCACUCUUUCUCUUCAGCGUCAUCUGUGCACACGGCGCAUCGAUGACCAGCGGCGCCGAGGAGGCAACGAAACGGCUCAGAUGGCAUGCGCAACGCCUUGCCGAGAUGAUCAACCCGAAGGGGUAUGCUUCUGUUGAGAUCAUUCAAGCAUUCCUUAUCUGGUCGACAUGGCUGCCCUCGAGCGAGCGGUUCCAGGAGGAGAGACUCUGGCACGAAGCAAAGUACGCCAUUAACAUGGCUGUUGAGAUUGGCUUGAUGAUUCCGGUUCCGGACAAUCCAGAUCAACUAGCUACAGUUCAGAACCUGGCUUCCUGCUUUGAGAACAUCGACGUGGCCGGCACCCUCCUGGUGCGCCGGGCCAGCCGCAACUGCUAA